AUGAGCCCUGAGGUCUACAAAAUCCAUCAUCGUCAACUGGCGAUUUCCUCUUUGGAUGCCACUGUCAGACGGUACAGAAGGAACGCGAUACUUCUUAGGAAGUGCUUAUCUUACGGAAAAGACCGUGCGGAUAUGGCAAUGCUACUCGGGUACUUGCGCCAGCUCGCCCCAAUCCCUUGGAUACAACUACAUGAUCGAAUUGGAAUUCUAUAUAGUGCUCUAAUGCACUUUGCCCCUGGAUUCAACAACGAUGAAUGGUUUGAACUACUAAAUAUGAAUAACCCGCAGAUUUUAAAGAGAAUUGAACACCGACUGACUCAAACAGAGGACUCCAGGACCUGGUGGAAAGACAUAAUCAGUGUGUAUAACGCCAUACCAAAUGCUUGGAAGUGGGAAGAAGAGAAGUUCGAUUUGAUCAGAGCACUGAAUGAUCCCGAAUGGAGUAGCCAAAUUAAUACAGUCAAAAUACUGGACGUCUCAGAGAUAGCCCACAACACUUCAAAAGAAUUGCAAGAGUUUAAGGCGCAGAUCGAAAAGAAAAUUGAACUACAAAAUCAAGAAAACCUACGACUUGUACAGAAGGUAAAGGAACUGACGCUCAAACUAGAGGCUAUCCACAAACAACUGGAUGAUAACUGUAAAACGAUUUAUUCCUCCCCACCCUCUUCUAACAAUUCUCGGAGAAACUAUAUUUCUCGCGACAAUGCACACCCAGCAAGACAACCUACACCUGCUUCACUGACAACCUCUCUGAUGCCUCAGAUAAACGCUCCCUUAACGCCCCAAGCAAAUUUCCAAUUCGUUCUCGGAUCUCAGGUGAAGACCUCUGCUGAGUCCACACACAGCAAAGGAAACUUUGUCAAGCCAGAAGCGAAACCCCUUUCGAAAUCUAUAGAACUUUCUCUUCAAUAGCGCGAUAAAGCGUGCUUCCUGGUUUUGACUAAAAGGUCUUUGGACCAUGAAAAUCUGCUGUUUCCUUCCCGGUAAGAGAUGCCUAUAGUGAAAAUAAAGAGUUUUGGCUGAUUAAUCUCGAGAACUUAAAGAGAGGCUAUUUGCAAAUUUACAUUUUUGGCUCGUCAAAUGGCUCUGGCGAGCCAAUUCUGGUCGUUACUUGAAAUUAUGAAUGAUAGUUACCAGAAUUUUAUUAAUUUUCUGAUGGCGAGUAUGAUCAGAAUUUUAAUAAAUGGCACAGGAUCAGACAACCCACUUAAAAAAUAUUCAUUAUGCUAAAUUGAUUAAUGUCUUGAUAAUAAAUGCUUUAUCUUGGCGCCUAUAAAUACAGCUGAGUAUAACGAUCCUCCUGCUCAUAGCUUCUCUGAAAUUUUGGGAGCCAAGCUCCAUACAAAAUGAAAAUAUCAAUGGUAAAAAGCAAUUUUCACAUGAUGGGGGCAGGACUAUAUUAGCAAAUAUGAAUUAGCUAUUGACUAUGUGCAAAAAAUUUUCAAUGUAAGUGCAUUAUUCGAGAUAUUGAAGAAUUAUAUGAACAAAGCGAUAAAUAUGAUUGAUUUAGGCGAUUAAUUAAUUUGUUUUGCAAUUAGUUUAGUUGUCAAUUUGUGGGUUAAGAGUGCAAAUUUGCUUUAAACUUUUUGGCUCGUUUAAGCAGCCAUCUUGAUUUUGACGCUAUUAAAAAAAUUUAAAACUCUUAAGUCACUCAUGCGGUUUCAUUCAAAACUUGCAAUUUAAAGUCUUAAAAUAGCUACUUGAUGCCUGUAUUUUCCGCUUUCUGGAUUCGAGCACAAACUCAUCUUUAGACAUUUUUUGUUCGUUUAAGCCGCCAUUUUUGAUUUUAUAAGCAAUUAAAAAAAUUAAAAUUCUUAAGUUGCCUCAUGCAGUUUCAUUGAAAGCUUGAUAUUUAAAGUAUUAAAAAGCUAUUUGAUACCUUUAUUUUCAGCGUUUUGGACUCGAGCACAAAACUCAUUUUUAGACAUUUUUUGUUCGUUAAGAUUUUAAUUAUUUUGAUGGCUUAUAAAAUCAAGAUGGCGGCUUAAACGAACAAAAAAUAUUUAAAAAUGAAUUUGUGCACGAGUCCAGAAAGCGGAAAAUAAAGGCACCAAAUAGCUAUUUUUAAUACUUUUAAAUUAGAGGUAUUGGAUGAAACCGCAUGAGGUGACUUAAGAGUUUUAAUUUUUUUAAUGACGUACAAAAUCAAGAUGGUGGCUUAAACGAACAAAAAAUGUCUAAAGAUGAAUUUGUGCUCGAGUCCAGAAAGCGGAAAAUAAAGGCACCAAAUAGCUUUUUAUUGUCAUCAAAUAUCAAGUUUUCAAUGAAACCGCAUGAGGUGACUUAAGAAUUUUAAUUUUUUUAAUAGCUUACAAAAUCAAGAUGGCGGCUUAAACAAACCAAAAAAAAUUUAAAAAUGAACUUUUACUCGACUCCAGAAAGCGGAAAAUAAAGGUAUCAAAUAGCUGUUUUAAUAUUAUUAUUAUCAAUGGAAUUAUUAGAUCGGUUUGAAAGGAAUAAGUUGUCUGAUUAUGUGCCAUUUAUUAAAAUUCUGAUCAUACUCGCAAUCAGAAAAUUAAUAAAAUUCUGAACUAUCAUUUUUCAUUUCAAGUGCUGGCUAGAAUUGGCUCAGCAGAUCCAUUUGACGAAAUUUUUUACAAAGCCUCUCUUCAAGUUCGAGAUUGAUUAGACAGAAUUCUUUAUUUAGGCUGUUUUUCUCCCCAUGAAUGAAGAAUAGCAGGUUUUCAUAUGUUCAAGAUCCUCCGGUAAAACCUAGGAAUGCGCCUUAUCGCGCUAUUGAAAAGAAACUUCUAUACAUAA